UUAGCCAACUGCAACAGUAUGGCUACAAAAAUGGAUAUUACAGCUACUAGGAGAGUGUUUCUUUUAGACAUCAGUCAUAUGAAGUUAGUAAGAGAUGUUUUGAAGAAAAGUCACUUUAUUAAUGCUAACUGGUUUGAUCUUGGAGAGGAGUUAAACCUACCUUAUCCUCAAUUGAAGAAUAUUGAAGAUACUUAUGUGAAUAAUCCAUCACGUUGCUUGAGGGAGUGUUUAAACUUGUGGUUGACUUCAGCUAAUAAUCGUACUUGGGAAUCAUUAGCUAGUGCACUUGAGAGAAUGAAUCAAUGCACAGCUGCUAGACACAUCCGCAAAAUUACUACUAAUACUGUACCAUCAGGUGGCAUUCAUAUUUGUAAAACCCGACCACUGGUUUUUCUUAUUUCUAUUAUUUUUUUAUUUUUAUCUUUUGUUAUUAAUUAUUUUUAUUGCUUUUCUACUCUAGUAUAUUUAUGUUUAUUUUUCAUCUUAUUAUCAUUAUCAUUAUUAUAUUGUAUCAUUUGCUCUACUAAUAGAAGGCAAUCGAGCUCAUCUAUUGCUCCAGUAUCAAUAGCUGGUGGUGAGUUCUUUUUCAAUGCAGCACAUAAGCCUAUUUUUAAUGAAGUCAGAGGAAGUUUUAUAAUUCUUUGUGAUGAGCUGGUUCCAUUGAUAUCUCAAUCAAAAGCAACAGUUACCGAAGUAAAGUCAUUUCUACUAAAAUCCUUCCCAGAACUAAGUGCUGAGCUGUCUAAUGCUGAUAGUAUUGAAGACAUUAUGAAUGUUGUGGUACAGAAAUGCUGCAUCAAUGAUAUUUCAAUAAUAAAAACAAUUGUAAAGAAGUUUCAAAUCACUGAAGCAAAACCACUGAUAUCAGAAUAUGAGAAAGAAGUGAAGACAGUUUGUGGAUCAUUGAAGGAUUUCCUUAGUCUGAAUCAACCUGAGUAUUUCAACCAUUCUGAAACAAUUCAGUUUACUUUGGGAUGGCAACCAGAGGAGCACUCACUUGAUGACAUACGUAAUCUCUUAGAGGAAGCAUUUAAAGAAUUAAACAAGAGGAUUAUCAUACGAAGCAUUCAUCGUGGGAACUCCAUCAUUAUCAUCUGUUAUGCUCCACAUCAUUUACUAGCUGCUCUUCUCUUGGAAGCACAACACAACCUAACUGUCUUGAUGAAGGAAUUCAGUUUAAUUAGACUAACCAUUGGCCACUACACUGUCUAUGAUAAAAGGAUCAGAUACAAAGUAAUGAAUAAUGAGUGUCUUGCAGAGGAGAUUAAACUAGCUGAUGGAAAGGAACAAGAACUGAGGACUUUAUUUGAUUACAAAGAAGGUGUGAUAGUUGAUCUAUUACUCAAUUACUGAUGUUACCUGUACUAAUGGUAUAGGAUC